AUCAUGAAUAGUCUAGUUUUUCUAGUUCUAUUUUUUCAAUGUGUUUUUUCACAAAUAAUGAAUGCUAAUGAACAAUUAGAAGCAAUCCAAGCACAAAUGGAUUCACUUUUUGAAGCUGAAGCAGUUUUACAUGAACAAAUACAAGCAAUUCAAGCCCUAGCACCCUCAGAUUCAAUACUUGAAGCUGUACCAGAAUUAAUAUCCAAUAUCAACGAUCAUUUACCACCAAUCGAAGUAGAGCUAGGACCCAACGCAACAGUUGAACUUGCUCCCCCCGAUCUCAAUGAACCAAUAAUGCCAGACGUUCAACUUGAAACAGACCUAGUAGAAGCUCUAAUAUCCAAUGUUUAUGAAGAAAUUCCAAACGAGGCAUUACCUGAUACUGGAACAGCUAUAAUUUCCGACGAAAUAAUCCACCAAAUCCAAGCAGAAGCUGACGCAAUGAUUGAAAACAACACCAUUCUCGCACCUUCGUCCACUGUAGAUCCAUCCAAACUCUUCAUCGUUGUCUACUCCAGACUAGAUCCAAAUGGUACGAAGAUUCCAAUAACUGCAGCUGAGCAUAUCAAUUCAACCUCUUUCAAUCCACGCUUACGUACAAUAAUUUACGUUUUUGGUUGGACUAGUGGUGUGGAUAAGCCAGGCACUGUAGCAAUAAGAAAAGCCUUAUUGGAAAAGACUGAUGCAAAUGUACUUAUUGUUGAUUGGUCUGUGUAUACGCAAACAAUGAAUUAUUUCGCUGCUUAUAAAUCUGUCCCAAAAACUGGAGAAUAUUUGGGUCAAUUUUUAGCCAAACUAAUCAUUACCUAUCCAGUACGUAAAAUCACUGUGGUUGGACAUAGUUUAGGGGCACACGUGGCAGGAUUUGCUGGAAGAAUCAUUGGAGGGAUAUUAUCUGUGAUUAUAGCACUAGAUCCGGCUGGUGUUUUUUAUUCACACCUUGAAGCAUCUAAAAGACUCAAUACAGGGGACGCAAAAUACGUAACAGUCAUUCAUACCAGCUACUUGGGUUUACAUUCUCCCAUUGGACACUCAGAUUUUUAUCCCAACGGUGGAUGGUACCAGAAAGGAUGUACUGAAUUUAUGUGUUCGCAUAAGAGGGCUAUGGAUUUGUAUAUAGAGUCGCUUUCGGAUACUUUAUAUGGGAGAAAAUGUGCCAAAUUUUGGUUGUAUGUGUGUGGAUUUUGUAGUAUGAAUGAAGAAAAGAAAAUGGGAGGAAUAUAUGUAGAUACAACUGCUUUAGGUGAUUACUAUUUGUGCACCAAUGGUGAGCCUCCAUAUGGACGAAGCAGCAUUUAA